CUCAACUACUAGUAGAAAAGUGAUAACUUCCAGUUCAGCAGUGUUCAUCAAAAAUUAAGCCAAAUCGAUUGUUUAACUCGACGCUUAAAACGUCCAAAAAACAAAAACGUAUUGAAUUUUAAAUCAAAGUUCAGAGAAUUUGACAACAUUCAUUAAUUCAUCAUAUCGACAUUACAAUACAUCUAUUUAUACAUAUAUAAGUAGUUAUUCAGUUUUGUCUGUGGAGUGAGAUUGAAGAGUUGAACAGUGUAUAGAAUGGAUAUGUGGAUUAAAGCCAUAACAAGAAUGAGUGACGUGACAAGUGUCUAUUUGUUUGAUUUUUGAGGAGUGGAAUAGAAUGUGGUGGAAGACGGAUGUUGAUGAUAUUUUAAGUUGCACCUCCUUUGGACCACUGACUUGGACGCUCCAUUGAAUUGCGACGUCUCUAAAUUUUCCUGAGAGGACAGGAUAUGAUCAUUGAUUUGUGCAUCGCAACAAUUUUAUGGAGGCAACCCCACCAUUUAAAAUCAAUGGCCUCAACUUGGCCGUAGUAAUCCAAAGAUAGUCAAAGAAGAGUACAGAUCGACUCAUACAUAUGCCUGCAAAGGCUGGAAUUAUUAAAUGUUCACUACAUUAUUCAGUGCCACGGAUCACUGAACGAAAAAAUCCACUACAUGAUCUUCAUCGUGACAAAAGUUUUUCCUGCAGAAAUUUGUCCUACUACAUACGAAACACCUGUUCACCUGUGCGAAAAAUGGCUCAUGGAUUCUCACCCUCGCUUCAUCACUUGCGUAAUCUUGGAAUGUUUCUUGUGACCAUUUGUCUUCUUGUACAGGGAGGUGCUAGCAAUAAAUAUGGUGCAAAAUGCAGAAAAAAUUUGGAAUGUGUGGAAACGAAUUUUUGCGACGAAGGGUUAUGCAAGUGUCAAUCGUUCAAGAAUAAACUGAGCUUAAUCUUCAAUGAUCAGACGCGUACUUGUGAGAGUUCCGUCGGUUCAAUCUGCACGCUCAGCGAUGGUCCCAAGGGAAGAAGUUGGAAGUGCGUCAAAGAUGCACAAUGUAAAGGGUCCGCUAACCCUAACCUACCUGAUACGUUGGGGGUUUGUGUUUGCAAUUCUGGAUUUCUGGAGAAAUAUGGACUUUGUGUAAAAGAAGUCACCCUUGAAGAGACUUAUCAAGAAGUUAGGGCGCGUCAAAGUUCAAAAGGUGCUGUAGCUCCCUGGUCCUCCUCUUCCAUCAAGUUACUCAAAUCCAACCCUAUUGUUAUCUUGGUCACUAUACUACUGUUCGUAUAAGGGUUCCUUAUUCGUUAGAAAUCUGCAUGAGCCUAAUUUGUUUCUAUAAUCUGUUUCAUCAUUUCCAAUUUCAAGUACUUUUCUUCUGAUUGAUUAUAUUUGCCAAGUGCAUGACCAAGAGAUUCUUAUGUCAUAUGUACAUAAGUCAAGUAUGGUAUGCAAAGACUUGUACUGUCAACUGUACAUAUGUGAUUUCGCAUUACUUUUACAUAUAAGUAAAUUACUAUUUUAACCUAAAUACAUUUUUAGUGGGAGUUAAGGGUACAAUUAAUGUAUGCGCAUAUGUCUACGUAUAAGCCGAUUACGAUUUAACCCGCAGUGUUUCGACACGAAAUUGCACGAAAUGAUGUAAAAUUGAUUCUUAUAAGCCUUUUAAAUUAAAUAUAGGCAUUUUAUAAUUAAAUUUUAAUCACGGCCUCGAUUACUAAGUUUCGGAAAAUGAAUAUUUUGCUUCUUGUUAAAUCACGUGACUUUCUCUUGUUUCUUCUUCUGUACAUAUUUUUUAUUUUUUGAAUACCUAUUUAAAUAUUUUAAAAAUCGACAUCAUCGUCCCUAAAUUUAUGAAUUUCGUGCAUUUAUAAUGGAACACUGGACUAAAUAAUGUGAUAUUGUAAAAGUUUUUCCAAUCAAUGUAUGUAAAUAUUACUUUAAUCAGCACCUAUUUUGUCACCCCUUAUGUUUUAACCAAAGUGUAUACAUAUUACUUAACUCGAUAUACUUACGACUAUGUAGGUUUGGCAAAGUAGGACAAAGCAAAUAUUUAGUUUAUAAAAAAUGUAAGACAAGUUCAUAAACGUAACGACUCCUCCAUUUGCUCCAUUCCAUAAAUAAGCAACUUCAUUACUUUAUCCUACCGUUUACUGUCUGAACCACAUGUGCGUUCUCUGGUUUGUUCACGGAUUCCCUAACGAGUAUUUGGUUCAAAAAGACUUCUGGAUUCAUGUUUUAAAGAUAAUAUUUGUUUGUGUAUGCAGCUCUCAUAUUAUAGUGGUCUAUGUACGUACGUAUAUUCAGCAUGUUAAAAUGAGUCGAAAUAAACUCCCGAUUUUUAUACUCUGUUUCAUGCACAA